AUGGGGUCGAAUAUGCCGCAAGGAAUGCCCGAAAAUUGGGAAGGCAGGGAUCAAAGACUUCCAAUGUCCACGCGUGAGGUAGCAACGCCCGGGAACAGACCUGGCCUUUUUGCAACCCUGCACGAUCGAGGGAAGGUGGCUAAGCAACCAGAUUUCUAUGAUCCUUACUUCCCGCUCAAAUAUCUCGAAGUACCUAAAUCCGAUCAUAUUUAUAAACGAGCCCACUACGGUUUACAAUCAGGGAUUCCCGAUGAGGUAGACUUUGCAUUGUAUCACCUUGUUCAAAUUUCGAACCAAAGAUGGGAUAAAUUCAAGUUUGAAGGUUUCCCUUUGCUUGCGGAGAACCUCAUGGCGAAGGCCCUGGAUAUUUCCCUUGUCACAACCGGAGUGAAGUGGGAGCUCCAGUAUGAUUUUCGGGAAUCCAGUGAUCGCGUCAAUGUGUUGAACUCACUACAUGGCACACGAGAUCUAUUGGAGAAGAUCAAACAAAUACCCGUUACAUUGCCGGAAGACACCCUCGAGACGUACGAAUUCAACCACCUUCUCCGCAACAUUAAAGAGGCGACCUUGGUCCUGCGGAACAUGGUCCUUUUGAAAGAGAAUGCCUACUAUGUGUCACGGUACGCGAAAGGCCUGCUCCGAGACUUCCUCGUCAUUAUGAUCAACAUUCCCAAUCAACCUCGUCUCAACGAGAUCAAGAACGAUGCUUUGGACAUUGCGGAGGAGGUCACCAAGUUUAUGAAGACCGAUCCGGAGGAUCCACUUUGGAUCUCACUUCUCAAUUGUCUUGAGUCACCAGAUCGCGCUCACGUCGUCCGCGCACUAUGGGCUCUCACCCAUUUCUCCACUGAAUUAGACGAGCCAGAGGCGAACCGGGCAAUGGAACGGAUACCAAAGGAGACUUUGCAGCAGCUCUACUUUCACACUCUUCUCGACUUGGACAAAGAUAUUCUCAGUGGUGCACUGGACUUCUGGUACCAGUAUACACUUUCAUCCGAGAACGUCGAGACAUUGAUUGAGGUCUUCAACUUGCCUACCGUCUUCGUCCCUCGGAUGGUCGCAUUGUUAACGCACGAAGGCCGACCAAGCAAGAAGGAAACUGUGUUGCAAGAAGAAAAGCUCAUGAAAGAGCUGAUGGAGCUUUCGGAGCCUGAACGGAGCUCGCGUUGGCUCCGGUGCUGCUUUGUUGAGGACCUCGAGUGUGAGAUCACCCAAAUUGCAUUGUGGCAGGCGUACCAGAGCAGAUUUGCAGACCCCCGUCUUCCUGGUGGGGGUGUUCUCCCUGCGGCCGAAUUCAUCAAAAAUGUCAGUACGACUUUCACGAACGCGCAAGCUCAAGUGAUCAAUGGUCCUGGUGCAGCGACAAAGUUCAUCAUCAAAGGCAUUCGGCCCUUGGAGACCGCCUAUACCUUCGAGGGCUUUCCCUACAUUUACUGCAAGUGGGCGGACAACUCGAAACCAAGCAAGACGUGUCAGCGCGCUUUCAAGUCGCCAGCAGAACUUCGCCAUCAUGUCUUCACGGAACACAUGAAUCUCAAGCCUACUGAAACCCCGGGACACUACAACCUGGAGAAGGCGGAGUCGCCCGUUCAUACCUGUCUUUGGGACAACUGCACGAAAUUCCGGUCGUCUGGUCCGAGUACCAAUACUGCAAUGGUCGCCGGGCACGUCUCCGCACAUUUGCCCGAGGAACGUGCGCCAGAUGCGGAGCCACCCACAUCCAAACGGGCGGUCCUCCAAGAGCGCAUCGUCCGCAAAUGGUACUACCUGGACACUCCAGUCAAUGAGCGGGGCGAGCCCUUUGGAGUGGCCUACAAGGCGGCGUUAGUAUUGCGCAAUCUUGCCCGAAACCUGCCCACGGGUAUUGCACCGCAGUACAACGGGCUUUCCUGGAAGAAAGCCGUCUUCCUCAGUCAUCGUCCGAAGAUCGUCGAAGCAUGGGACCGUAACCGCUCAUUGCGUAAGGAACUUACCGAGUUGAUCAUGGUAAUAGAAAAAGAGGAUUACUACUGA